GGGUAAAAUGGCAAGUUUUAUUAUUAUUAUUAUUAUUAUUAUUAUUUUAAACUAAAGUAAUUCCAAGUUAUCUAUAAAUUGUUACAAAUUUAAUGUAAUUCAAAGGAUAUAGAGAACCAUUGCUCCCAAAUAAAAUUUACACUAAUUAUUUUAUUUGCACCACUAAUAACACACCCAUCCAUCCAUCCAUCCAUCUAUCCAUUAAUUCAUACAUUCAUCCAUCCAAUAACCGGAGCCCUCGAUGAGCAGGAGAAGCCGGGAGCCCUCCACGUGGCGCCCCCUUCGUUGGGAACUCUUCAAGGAGCACGGUUAAUGAGCGUCGAGAACAUGUGGGGGAACCGGGAACAUGUUCCCCUCCCUCAUCCUUAUGCAAUUGCAACACAUGUGCUUCGCAUUGGGCACAGCUCCCAACGCUCCCACCCCAUCACACGUCCCACCCAGACCUAGGCCCCGCUUUAUUAUUGGCCCCGUGCACAUCCAAUCCUACGAUGAGAAGCUGAGCUGGCAGAAUGCGGUCGCGCCAAUCAGAGAGCUCACAGGGUAUCCCGGCUUCCCCCAACCCCUGUUUUGUUGCUUCUCGCAACUUGGUGCCGUGCUGCACUUCUUCGCUUCGCUACCUUCCCUUCCUGCGGUCGCUCUGUUGCGCCCUUGCCUUGUCUGGAAAAUUACUUGCUGCCGUGGAAAGCUCGGCAAAGCAGGCAGCACUCACAACUAUUCAUUAGUGGCUGUGAAUUUCUCAAGAAAAAAACGAACUGCUUUUUAUUUACAUAAUGCAAAAAACCGGAAGAGGAAGCUUUUGAGCCUCGAACUUCGAUGGCUUAAUUUGCUUCGUGGUGGCGAAGGGUGCGGAGUUCAGACAGGAGCGCUGCUGUUGUCAGAGCGGGAUGAGCGGGAGGGAAGGGAAGUAGGAGAAGAGGAUGAAGAAGAAGAAGAAGACCAAGCAGAAGGGCCCUGUGAACCGCCCUGCUUGACUUACUGUGGGUGCCAACGAUGGGUGCCCCCGCAGCUUUAGAAUCCUCGGAGCUCCAAAGAACGAAGUGCCGGAGCAAACAGCACAUUCACAAUUGCCUCGCGGGCACAUGCAGUCGAGAUGGACACAUGUCGGAGUCUCGCCGCCUACGGAACCCAUGUAGAAAGCCGAGACGAAUAACUCCACUCCGGGAAUGGGACACCAGCUGCGAAUUUCACACAUGUACCGCAGAGCAGAUGGUGGUGCCUGGAGGAACGUGGAUCGUUCAAUCGAUGCAGCUGGGGUCAGGAUGCCGUGACUGGCGCUGUGUGCCAAGUGUCCGGCCUCUGCUCUAGCUCCUCCCGCUCAGACUGUGUUUUUUUUUUUUUUUUUUUUUUUUUUUUUGUCCAGACAAUAGCAUCCAGAUGCGAACUCGCAAGCCACUGGAUCACUUACUCGUCUAGCUACCAUCUGACUGGUUUGUUUGUUUGCUUGUUUGUUUGUUUGUGUUCAUUUUUCUUCUUCCUCUUCUUCUACUUCCACCUUCCUGUGUUGGCAACGCGAAGAUCGCAUCUUUGUUCGACUCGCGGGCAGUGUGAACGUCGGUAGACUGGUUCUAGCUGAGUCUGCAUCGGUUUUGUGGGUCUCGAAGUGCCGGAGUUCUGUGCAGCAGCUUGCAAGAGUUGUGUUUGUUGUAACAGGCUGCAUUAGUGGUUUUUGGGGUUGGAUAGUUGUCUCCUGGUUUCAAGUCUGGGCUUCGAGGUCAUGAUUAGAAGGGUUCUGGUGGUUUAAAUGCACUUUUGAAACUGAAAACCCUUAGAUUACGAACGUCGC